CAUUUUUCACACAAUAUAUCACUCUCCACCUCCAUUCCCACCUGCCCUUUCCAAUCUCUCCCCCGCCUCACUGCUCCACCGCUCUCCCAUGGCUGCCACCGCCACCUCAUACUUCUUCGGUACCCGUCUCACCACCAACAAUAUCGCCUCUGACUCCGGCAGAUUCCACGCCCUGCUCAAGUUCGGCACCAAGAAGAAGGCCGCCCCGCCUCCUCCGCCCCCCAAAAAAAAGCCGUCCUUCAACACCAAACCAUCUGGAGAUCGGCUCGUGUGGUUCCCGGGUGCCAAACCGCCAGAAUGGCUCGACGGAACCAUGGUGGGAGACCGUGGGUUCGAUCCAUUUGGGCUAGGGAAGCCCGCUGAGUAUUUGCAGUUCGACUUGGACUCGCUGGACCAGAAUCUGGCUAAGAAUGUGGCCGGGGACGUGAUUGGAACCAGAUUGGAGACCACGGAGGUUAAACCGACUCCGUUUCAGCCGUACACGGAGGUUUUCGGGUUGCAAAGGUUCCGCGAGUGUGAGCUGAUUCAUGGGAGGUGGGCAAUGCUGGGAGCGCUCGGUGCCUUGGCCGUUGAGGCACUCACUGGAGUCGCAUGGCAAGACGCUGGAAAGGUAGAGCUGGUGGAAGGAUCAUCCUAUCUGGGGCUUCCUCUUCCAUUCUCAUUGACCACACUGAUCUGGAUCGAGGUGGUACUGAUAGGCUACAUUGAAUUCCAAAGAAAUGCAGAACUUGACCCAGAAAAAAGGUUAUACCCAGGUGGCAAGUUCUUCGAUCCCCUUGGCUUGGCCAACGACCCUGAAGAGAAGGCCAGGCUUCAACUUGCAGAGAUCAAGCAUUCCAGGUUAGCCAUGGUGGUUUUCCUCAUCUUUGCAAUUCAAGCUGCUGUUACUGGCAAAGGGCCCAUCGCUUUUAUUGCUACCUUUAACAAGUGACGUAACCUUACCCCACCAAUGAGACUUCCAUAGCUCCUUCUCCUCCUCCACUGGGUCAAUCACCUCGCCUGCGCUCCAAUUUCAAUUCUUUUUUCUAUACUCCCACUUGAGAACUGCUCUGUACAAUCAAUCAAAUGUAUGAAUUAAUGUAUUCUGUAUGUUUUUGUAUGAUGCUGUAUGUAUUCUGUUUUUGAAUUGUACUUUAUUCAUGAUAUGGUAUAAGUACAAUAACCACCCAUGUGUUCGGUGCUGGAAAAACAAUUGAGAACAUUACAUUUUGAGAACUCAA